GGCCUUUUCGAUCGUUUUGUUCCAAAUCAAAAACGAAAAGCAUUCGCCCUUAUCUUAUCACCAACACCACCGUUCCACCACCACGACGGUCACAGGGGCCCGAUAGACCCGACAUAAGUCCCAGCAGCUGAGCGACAAACCAAUCAAUCUCUUCCACAAAAGCCAUAAAAACACAAACUUGCACUUUCACUAUCGCUAUAACUGCCGUUGAAAGCGACUAGAAUACUCAGAUAUUUUCAGAUUCCACUCUUCUUCAUCUACUCCUCUCAGUGAUGUACACGUCCGAGGCGUUGGGGAAGUUCUCGGUUUUCAGAGAGACCCCUGCAUCAAUGGCGGCCAUGAACCAUCUCAGAGGUCCGGUUCGAAUCCGACCCAUGUCCCAGAACUUCAUCAGCAGCAAAAACUUGCUCUGGAAUCACGGAAUGAAGUGCCAGUGCAGCAGCGGCGGCGGCAGCGGCAGCGUGGACGAGAAGUCGGCGUUUUCUGUGACUUCGUCGAGCAAGUACGAAGUGGAUUACUUGGGAGAGAAAACCAAAGGGGAUUUGAAUGUCAAGGUGGAGCAUCUCGAAGCUUUUGGAAUUGGUGGUGAUGUAACUUUGAAAGGUCCCAUUGAGGAAGUUGCCAGAGUGGAGGCUGAAGAAGCUGGAGACUUGCUCAGAGACUUGGGCAUUCCGAGCCCUUUUUUGUCAAGGCAAUCGCCUCGUGGCAUCUUUUGUAGCCGCACAUUGAAUCUUCGAUCAAUCAGUGCCAUUGGAUAUGAUAUGGACUACACAUUGAUGCAUUAUAAUGUGAUUGCUUGGGAAGGGAGAGCUUAUGAUUACUGUAUGGAAAAUUUGAAGAAAGUGGGCUUCCCCGUUGACGGUCUUGCAUUUGACCCCGACUUGGUUAUUAGAGGCCUUGUCAUAGACAAAGAGAAAGGAAACUUGGUGAAGCCUGAUCGAUUUGGUUAUGUUAAAAGGGCUAUGCAUGGCACAACCAUGCUAUCUAAUCGAGCUGUAAGUGAGAUGUACGGUAGGGAACUGGUGGACCUCCGGAAGGAAACUCGAUGGGAGUUCCUUAAUACACUGUUCUCUGUCUCAGAAGCUGUGGCUUAUAUGCAGAUGGUUGACAGAUUGGAUGAUGGAACCAUAGCUGCAGAAAUUGGUCCACUUGAUUAUAAAGGGCUCUAUAAGGCUGUUGGAAGAGCCCUCUUCCGGGCACAUGUCGAGGGUCAACUGAAGAGCGAGAUAAUGUCUAAGCCUGAACUGUUUGUGGAGCCUGAUCCAGAAUUGCCAUUAGCGCUUUUGGAUCAAAAAGAGGCUGGUAAAAAGCUUCUGCUCAUUACCAACUCAGAUUAUCAUUACACAAACAAAAUGAUGCAGCAUUCCUUCAACAGAUUUCUUCCCAAUGAGAUGGGUUGGAGGGAUCUAUUUGACAUUGUAAUAGUCUCUGCAAGGAAGCCAGAGUUCUUCCAAAUGUCACACCCAAUGUACGAGGUAGUGACGGGUGAGGGCCUCAUGCGUCCAUGCUUCAAGGCUAAAACAGGGGGCUUGUAUUCAGGGGGAAGUGCUCAGAUGGUUGAGAAUUCCCUAAAUAUCCAUGGAGAUGAAAUACUGUAUGUUGGUGAUCAUAUCUACACAGAUGUAAGUCAAUCCAAAGUUCAUCUGCGAUGGCGAACAGCGUUGGUUUGCCGAGAAUUGGAAGAAGAGUAUAGUGCUUUGAUUCAGAGCCGGGGUCAUAGAGCGGCACUAGUAGAUCUUAUAAACCAAAAGGAGGUCGUAGGGGAUCUUUUCAACCAACUUCGGCUCGCCUCACAAAGGCGAACUAAAGGGCGCCCUGCUCAAACCCUUGCUGCAACAAACUUGGAGGAUCAAGAACUCUCAGAAAGCAUGCAAAAGCUACUUAUCGUUAUGCAAAGACUAGACCAGAAAAUUGCUCCGAUGCUAGAAGCAGAUGGAGAGCUCUUCAACAAAAGGUGGGGAUUUCUUUCCCGUGCAGGUUUCUGGGAUAAAAGCCAUUUGAUGAGGCAAAUUGAGAAGUAUGCUGAUAUAUAUACCUCCAGGGUGUCCAAUUUCCUACAUUAUACACCGUUCAUGUAUUUCCGAUCACAGGAACAGACACUUGCUCAUGAUUCGUACUCAUACUACUGUUCGAGGUCUAAUGGGCCUGCCAUGGACGAUGAGGUCAACUUUAUGUCGUAGAAACUGCAAUUUUGUUGUAAAUAUUGAUCAAGUUGACCAAGUUGAUCACAUUGAUUUUUAUUAGAUUAUCCUAAAUCGAGUGUUGGUCUGUAUGAUGAUCCAGCACGAAACAAAUAAUGUUUUCCAUCUCACCUUAACUCUGUUAAGUUCUCCAAUGAUGAGUAGCUUGUUUAUGCCCUCGAGCAUUUAUCUUUA